AUUAACUUUUCAUUCACGACAUCACCAGUUGUUUGUCGUAACGAUUCAUAUUCCUUCCUGUCAAAUAUAUCCGCUUGGGAAUCGAUUCUUCCAUUACACAACAUCGCCAAGCAAGCAAGCAAGCAAGCAAGCAAUCACUCUAUUAAACUUUCUAUCUGGGCGCGGAUUUCAGGGAAGGAACUGCAUGAAGGAUCAGUAGAUGCACAUCAUAACGGUUUUACCAACAUCACCACAAGAAAAGAAAUAGGCAUAUUGGCCUUACCAGGGAAUUAUAACUUUCGAAAAGAGAGAAUUAUCAACUCGCAUCGCAUCCUUACUCACUCGAUACGAAGAUAUUCAUCUGCAAUUAUCCGUUAGUCUUAUACUUUUAUUACAUACCUACCUAGGUACCUACUGUAUUCAACUUCCCAUCCAUCGGACAAUUCGUACCACCAUAAAGGUCCUCAAUAUCGCCAAUCGCUUCGGUAUUGAUUUUGGUGCUUAUCUUCUUUCGACCCUUGCAUAUACAUAUAAAAAUGGUGGGAACAUCAAAAUUGUUGGUCGGUUUGGCUUCAGCAUCAGUGGCAUUUGCUGCUGUGUGUAGCCUUGACAGUCAUUGUCCUGAAGAUGCUCCAUGUUGCUCUCGUGAGUAAUAUUCUUUAGUUUAUUAUUACAAGGAAAAAUACUAAUCAUGUCAGAAUAUGGCGAAUGUGGUACUGGAGCAUAUUGUCUCGGAGGUUGUGAUCCACGAAUGUCAUUUUCCCUCGAUUCCUGCGUACCCGAACCCGUCUGCGAAAGUGCUUCAUAUACUUUUACGAGCUUGGAUGGUGUAAGUCCAAACACGAAAUAUUUGGGAGAUUCAUCAAAGACAAAUUGGGUUUAUAGUGGAGAUCCAGUUAUCUAUAAUGAUAAUGUGUUGUUGACCAUGUCGGCGAACUCGGUCGGAACGGUUAUGGCAACUUCAACUUAUAUGUGGUAUGGAAAUGUGAAGGCAAAGUUUAAGACAAGUAGAGGUCAGGGUGUGAUAACGGCUUUUAUUCUUUUCUCGGAUGUUAAGGAUGAAAUUGAUUAUGAAUUUGUUGGUUCGGAAUUGACUACUGCUCAGUCCAAUUACUAUUUCCAGGGUAUUACGAAUUGUGAGUAAACUUUCAAUGGGCACAGGAAUAAUGCUAAUCUCUUAUUAGAUGAUAAUGAGCUAAACAUCACUCUUUCCGAUACAUACGCCAAUUACCACACUUACGAAAUUGAUUGGACCCCUGAUGAGAUUACUUGGCUUGUAGAUGGACAAGUCGGACGUAUAAAGAAGCGCUCAGAUACUUGGAAUGCAACCGCAAACCAAUGGAACUAUCCACAAACUCCUGCUAGAGUCCAACUUUCUCUCUGGCCUGGUGGUCUUGCUACCAAUGGUGCUGGAACUAUCGCUUGGGCAGGUGGUUUAAUCGACUGGGAUUCUGAGGAUAUCAAGAACAACGGUUACUAUUAUGCCUCAUUUGAAUCUGUCGACAUCUCAUGCUACAAUGCAAAGUCUGCUCCAGGAACCAAUUCCGGAAAGUCAUAUUAUUAUAACAGUGUUCUGGGAACCAACAAUACUGUGAUUGAUUCCAAUAAUGCCACCAUUCUUUCAUCCUUCUUGGCUACGGGAUCAAACAUGACUGCAGGAGAAUCACCAGCUGCUUCUGGUUCCGCCCCCGCUUCCACCGCCGCAACUGUUCCUGGACUCACAGGUACUAAUGGUGGAGGUGUUCCAGAUACACAUUCGGACGGCGGUAGUAGCAGUAAUGAUUCCAGCUCAGGAUCAGCAACAUCAUCAUCCAACACUUCUUCUUCAACUGGUAGUAGUGGAUUUUCUCAAGGAUCUGGCUCUUCCUCCUCUUCAUCUAGCAUAAGUGGUGCCGAUCGCCUCAUUGCGAAUCCAGAACGAUUACUGAAAGGCAGUAUAUUCGCAAGUAUUGUGGCAGUCGUUGCCAUGAUUGCUUUGUAAAUUCUUCCGUCUUUUGACGUUUGCUCUUUUUCGCUAGAGAGGCAGGUCUUUGGCAUUUUGUAUUUUUCGGGAAGACUAGCUUGACAUUAGGUUAUAGAAUCAUUCACAUUACAAUAGCUUGAAUAUUUUUAUGGCUUUUGGUCUUUUGCUAUUUGGGGAGGGAAUAUGGAGAGUGGAAUGGGUGAUGAAUCCUUUAAUGGCGUUUUUAGCUGUCCGUUCUUUUUGAGAGGGGAGUGGGCGAGGUUUGGGCUGGUUUUAAUGAUAGUUUUUCACUCUUUUUUGCGGAUACUUCUUCUUGGUUGGAUAAAGAGGGAGAGGAAGGGGAGGUGGUAGAAGUGUGGAUGUGGGUCUGGACGGGGGGAGUUGGUAAAUGAUGAAUUAUUAGGAUGUGAUGACAAAGAAUUGGGAAGUUGAGAAGGGGAAACGAGACGGGUUGGGUUUGAAUGAGAUGAGAUGUAUGCCUGCAAUGAGAUGAGAUGAGAUGAUGGCUACCUAUCAACGGAUGGAUUGAUGGAUGGAUAAUGGAUAAUGGUUAAUGGUUACCAAAAAUUUUAAGAAUUAAGAAUUGGAAUUGGAAUAACUUGAGUUGAAUGUAUG